CGAAUUUCACAUGCAUAGUUGAAAAAGCUGGGGUAAUAAGGGGAAAGCGAGCCAAGGAAAACUGCAUAUUGUUCUUCCUCUUUUACAUAAUUAUAUGUUUUCUGAAAUGACCGCCGUACCAAAGCUUGAAACGAUCGAGAUUACUUUGUUCCCUUCGGGUGUUGCCGAGAUUGCCUUUAAUCGUCCGCAACGAUACAAUGCGCUCUCUCCUCAAGCAUACAGGGAUUGGCUUACUGCCUUCCAAUGGGCUGCACAAUGUGACGAUGUCAAGGUAACUGUUCUUACAGGUCGUGGCAAAUACUAUACUUCGGGACAACAGCUUGAAAUGCCAAACUUUGACGAUGACGAUCUCCCUGCUGAAAUGGAAAGACGCCGCAACACUACAAAGAAUGUGGUUUCGGAAAUGAUUCGUUUUCCAAAGGUUUUGAUCGGUGCAGUCAAUGGACCUGCUAUUGGAUUUGGAACCACCACAUUGGCUCUUUGUGAUGUAGUCUAUGCAGUACCCGAUGCUACUUUUAAUACCCCUUUCAUGAAGCUAGCUUUCUGUGCAGAGGGCUGCUCAUCUGUCCUAUUCCCACGCAUUAUGGGCUCUGCCAAGGCUAAUGAAAUGCUCUUGCUGGGCAAGGUUUUCACGGCUGAGGAAAUGGAAAGCUGCAACUUCCUCACACGGAUACUCCCCAAGGAAAACUUCCGUGAGCAGGUUCUCGCUAUUGCGGAAGAAACUGCCAAGUUCUCGGUGGAAGCCAUGAAGGUGACAAAGGGCUUGGUUCGUGGAAACGAUAUCGAGUUUCUUGAAAACGUCAAUAAGGUCGAGAUGGAAGCCUUGGCUGAGCGAAUGGCUAGUCCAGAUUCGUUAGAAAGCAUUUUACGCUUUGUUGAGGAAUCCAAGAAGAAAAAGAGCAAGUUGUGAAGAUAAUGUGUUAUUAUCAUAAGUUUCACAACACAUAUUUGUUAUUGUCCUUAAUAAUCCUACAAAUUUGAACCUGUUUUUGCUCGUUUUAUGUGAGCUAAUACUGAUCAAAUAAUUAGAAGCAAGUGUUCUUCUUAUACAUAUUGAUUGAUUCAUGAA